AUGCAACCCAGUGCCGUCGAGGUCCCGAGCGGACAAGCUGGGAGCAAGUCAUCUUCCCGCCUACUGGACCUCAUCCCACCACAAAAGGCUGCCGAGUUGCUGCCGAUCCUAAAGGCUCACUUUCCAGAAUACGUGCAAUUUGAAAGCCCAGAAAAUCUCUUCCCACUUACAGUUGAGGCGAACUCUGAUCAUCGGCCAUAUAUUUCUUGUGCGCUCAAUCGCUUCAAUGGAUCCUCCAGAUCGCCCUGGUCAAACUUGUACUUCCCCCCUCUUGAUGGUGAGGCUCCUCUGCCCGGUGACAACCUGCGAAAGCUCGAAGUCCUUGCCAAUGCGGCCCUGGAGCACUACGUGAAAUUGUACUACUCUUCUGCUUUGCUAUCGGCCUACUGUAUGGCAAGGAAACAUGGUUUCAUGGUGUGCGUACUCAUUAAAUCGCCAUCAGUGGAGAUAGCUCAUAUCAUAUUCAUUACAGAAAAAUUAGUUCUACGCCAAGCGGACUACAUACAAUCAGCGGCCUACCUCGUGCAUUUUGAUAGGGCUGACUUCGCCCAGAACAAUGACAAUGAGCAUUUAUCUUUGGGUUUCUUCCAUAAACAAGAACAUCAGGAGGAAGCACAGUUGUCCUCCAACGCCACCGAAUCCCACGUCGCGAACAUUGGCCGUAUAAUUGAGGUAUUUCAUUUUCGUCGAUGUAGUUCGAAAUUGCUAUUUUACCAUUUUCAACGAGCCGGGCCUUUUGCGGGUUAA